AUGAACUAUAGCUACGAGCAGAUAAACGAAGUGGUAAUAGGGAAACAGAGGAACGACGGAAGCGGAGAGGAACAGGAAUACGGAACCCCGCGGGGAUUUGAAUUUACACAGGAAAGAGGAGAGACAGGGAAUAGACUGAAGGACACGCCGACGGGUAGAGGAUCAAGAAGAGGAGGAAGAGGAAGGGGAAGGGGCCUGAAACAACGAAGUUUAUCGGAGAGCUUUGCAAAAGACAUAAAAAAAGGAGGAAAGAGAAAGGAGAGGAGCCCAGCGGAGGACGAGGCAAAGAAGAGAGAAAAGGUCGAGGAAGGAGAAGAGAGAAGCCCGUUUGAGAAGAGUAACCUGACGCUGAGGACACCACCGAAGAAAGGAAACGAGAAAGAGAUAGAAGACCGGGAAAUGGAGAAAUUGCAGGAAACCCUGAACAACAUAUGUGAAGGGAUGAAAGAAGAGAGGAACGAGAGAAAAAGAAUGAUGGAGAAGUGGGAGGAAAAAUGGAAAGAAAAUGAGGAAAGGAUAAAGGAAGCCCUGGAAGAAUUCAAGAAGAAGAUGGAAGAGGAGAGAGAGGAAAGAAUAGAGAUGGGAAAGAGAGCAGAGAAGGCGGCAGAGGAGGAAGGUAAAAGAAGGGAACAACUAAAGGAAGAAAUGCUAGAGAAAAUAAAAAACCUAGAGGAGAGAUUUGAGGAGAGAAUGCCGGAAAGAAGCAGAGAAGGACCAGAGCAAGAUCGAAGGGAAAAGAGUGCAGAAGAGGAAGAAAGAGAAAAAAGAGGAGAAGGAUGGGACAAGGAUAAGCUGAAGAGCUGGGUAAGAGACAAACUGAGAAUAGAGAUAGAAUUCAAGAGAGUAUGGACAAUAAGAGGAAGAGCCAACAGCAAAAUAGGAGCUCAGUGCAAAGACGGAGAAGAGAAAGAAAAACUGAUGGGGAUGAAGAGCGCGCUGAAAGGGACGGACGUGUUCAUCGACCACGACACGACCUGGAGGGAGAGAAGGACGAGGGAGAAACUGAACGAGUUAGCAAAACAGUGGAAGAGAGAGGGUCACACAAGAGGAAGGGACAGCUUUUUCGAAGAGAGACAGGAAAAAGGGCAGAGGACAGAAGAGCAGAAGGACAACACAAGGGAGGAGACCAAUGAGAGCAUAAAGGUAGUAAGCUGGAACGUGGCAGGGAUAAAAGGACUAGGAGAGGAGGGCUGGAGAUACCUAAAAGUGUUCGAUGUGAUCUGCCUGCAGGAAACAUGGAUGGAAGAUGGAGAAGGAGACAAGAUAAAAAAGAGGCUAAAAGGAUACGAAAUCGAGGUAAGAGAAGCAAAGAAGGGGGGUAGCAGAGGAAUAGAAGGGGGCGGUUUCGAUGAGGAGGGCAACGAGGAAAAAAGAGAGUCGAAAGAUAAGAUAAAAAAUAGAGAGGGCGAAGAACUGUUAAAUAGGAUCAAAGAGAUGGGGCUCAGCAUACUAAAUGGCAACAUAGAAGGGGACGAAGAAGGGGAAAUCACAUACGUGGGAGGGAUGGGGUGCUCGGUGAUUGACUAUGGAAUAACGAAUGAGGAAGGGACGAAUAGGGUGAAGCAAAUGAGGGUAGUAGACAGAAUGGAGUCGGACCACGAGGCGCUAGAGGUCGACCUCGAAUCGGGAAGGAGAAAGGAAAGGCAACGGAGGGAGGAAACAGUGAAGGUCUCAUGGUCAGAGAGGGCAAUCGAAGAAUAUAGAAGAUGGAUAGUUAGAGGGGGGGCCGCGAGGACGUGGGGGGAGAUCAAAGUGAAGGUAGGGAACGCGCUACAAUUCAAGAAAGGGAAACCAGGAAGAAGAGAGGAGGGAAAGUGGUGGGAUGAGGAGUGCAGGAGAAAGAAAGCAGAAAUGAGAAAGGCAAAAAAAGAGGUAGGAAAAGGGAGGAACAGCAUGGAGAAAUAUAGGCAGGUCAAAAGAGAGCUAAGAAACCUAUGCAGGAGAAAAAAAGAGGAGGGCCUAAAGUCAGAGAUAAAAGAGGCAAAGGAAGAUAGAACGGGCAAGAAAUUCUGGGACAUGGUCAAAAAGAGAAGGAAGAGAAGAAGGGAGGAAAUAGACAAGAGCAUAAGAGAUGAAAAAUGGUUAGAGCACUUUAAAGGGCAACUGGGGGAGAAAGUAGGACGGCAGGACGAAGAAAGGGGAGCGAUACUAGAAACGGGCAGUGAGAACGAGGGCGGAGAGGGAGAGAUAGAAGUGAAAUAA